AUGCCCCUAGCCCGCUCCGUCGGCAACACAGCAUCUAAUCCAACUGCUCGGAGGCUUAGGCCCAGACGCCUUAUUGCCCAAUUUCCCCGUACCUGCGUGGGAGAAGCAGACGCUCACUGGCAAUUACGAACUGGACCGGGUGGCUGUAACGCUACUACUGCAUGUAGUCUUGAUUUUACCUGUCAGCUCGCUGGAUGA